AUGUUAAGCCAAGCCGGCCGUCCGGUUAGUCCACAGGCUUUCAAAUUUCUUCAAGACACUAUUGCCGGUGAAGUAAAGGUGAUUUAUGAACCAGGAGAGCAUGAUUUAGCCGAAUUUGACGGUGUGAAAGAUUUGGCGACGGCUAAUAUUGAGGUGGAUAUUGAUUUAGAACAAGAGAAAAAGGAAACAGAAAGCAACCCAUCAACUUCCAAAGGGGAAAAUUUAGGCAGUGGUAGCAAAUCUGUUUCCAGCCCAAGAACUAUUAUUUUAAUAGGGGGAGUAAGGAGCGGAAAAUCAGCCCUGGCUAAUGUUUUAGCGGGUCAGGAGUUAUUUAAAGAAAGUUUAAAAUCCUCCUCUAUCGGUAAUCGGGAAGCCCGAGAAGGCGAAUUUGUCCGAGAAACCGAGCAAGGAGAAAAAAUUACUUACCGUCUGGUGGAAAUUCCUGACUUUUUCGAGGCAAUGGUCGAUGAAGAAAGCAAAAAGCAAGUGGAAAAUAAACUCCAGGAGGAAUUAGCCAAAGGCGAUAUUAAUCAAGUAUUUUUACUUUCUAGGAAUAAAUUUACUGAAAUUGUUCCCUAUUAUGACUACCUAAUGAGUAAUGGAAUGCCGAUUGAAUAUUUAACCAUCAUUCGAACCGAAUAUCCUAAUUUUGAAAAUGAAGCGAAGGUCAAUGAGGAGAAAGAAAUUUUACAAAACGAAGAUGAAAAAUCGAAAAAAAUAUUCAGUUCAGUUUCUCUAAUUUGUGUUGACAAUCCGCCACUGUCGUCAGGAUGCUUGGCGGAAAUUAAUAAAGAAGUUAGACAGAUUUCUCAGCAAAAAUUGUUCGCCCAUUUAGCCAACAAAAAUGAAUUUUCCCCACCAAUUAUUUUGGAACAACCCUUAAUUUCCCUAGUAGAAAAAGCAGAAAAAUUGGAGAGCGAAGGGCUUUUAUACCGUCCAGCACUUUUGGAAAAAUUAAUGACGGCUAUCCAAAAAAACUCUAAAUUAGCCACUGCCGAGCCGGGCUUAGCCAGCCGUGUUAAGAAAUUAAACCAAAAAUUAGUAGAGUUAACGCACACUAAAGAUCUGAAACAUUUGGCCGAAAAUGGCUAUCAACCGGACGAUUAUCUGUGCUUUAACCAAAUUGUUGAUCGGGGAAAGAACUCCGAAAGUUCCAAUAGUGGUAGAAGUAUUGAAAACCAAUGUCAAAAUGUUGUUAAAGAAAUAGAAAACAAAAUUAGGGAAGUUGGACCCGGCGAAUAUCCGCAGUGGCCGAAAAAAAUAAACGAGAUAAUUGGCGUUCCGCAACCCCAACAGGAGGGAAUGACUACCGAACAGCAAAUUGAGGAGUUUAUUUUUAUGGCGGCGGAUGACGAACAGGCCAGAGAAAGAACUGACC